AUAUAGAUAGAGAAAAAGUUAAAGAAUAACAUGGUGUACUUCUGUUAAGUCUUAUUUACGUUGUUAUCAUGAAAAGUUAAUUAAUAUUAAAAAUGAUAAAGUGUAAAAAUAAUUUUUACACUCACUGUACGUAGAUUGUUGUUUACAUUUGACUGUUAUGAUAGCGUUCAAGCAGUAGUCCAAUACAUAAUAAAUUUUUAAACAAAUACAAAGUAAAAUUUAUUUAAAAUAAUUAUAUUAAUGUUAUAGACACGUAUCUGAACAAGUGUUACUUUCAGUUGUAAAUGAAAAAUAUGUAUAUCGUUUAUUGCAUAAUUCAACAUAGAAGUUAGGUUAGUUUUUCCUCCACCUGUUUAGUCAAAAAAGUAAGGAAAAUAUAUAAGGUCUUUUUUUCUCUGGUCCAACCACAUCGCCCAGUACAUCGUACACGUAAUUUUGUAAGUUAUCAUUAUUUAAAGAAAUUAUCAAAUAUAUUUACAAUCAAAUAAAUACAAUGGGCAUCAGUGAUGAUGACAAUGAUGAAAAUUAUGACCCUGAAAAAGAUAGUGAUAAUUCUGUUGACAAUGACAGGAUACUUUCUGAUGAAAAUAAAAUUAAUACAAACAAAAAAAAUGUUAUCGAAGAAGAAACAGGACACAUUUUGCCUGGUGGUCACAGAUUUGAUAAAAAAUUAAUUUCUCUGAGAUAUCCAGGUAAAGUAAUACAUCCAGAGAAAGCCAUAGAAACAUUAGGAGGAUUGAGUUCAAUAUCAACGGCUAUAAAUGCACCAAAUCGUCGUUUAGAGCUAAGAUUUAGACCAUCUGAUGGUUAUUGCAAACCAGCUUGUGGUGACAGACAUCAAGUAGCAGCUUUUUUACUACGAGUAAGAGUUAAAAAAUCUCAAAUUAAACAAAUGAACGAAUCAUUUGAAACAAAUUUGUGUAAAAAUAAUAGUUUAUUUAAUACUCAUGAGAAAUAUGAAGAAAAUCUAAAUAAUGAUGAAAAUUAUCGAUUGCCAAAACUGAAAGUAAUUGGAAGAGUAUCAACCGAGUUUCGCUUCUCUGGUCUUUGUGAUUUUCAAUUUCUUCCAAUAAUGCCACAUCCAUGGAAACCUGAUAAAAAUCAAUGUAUUUACGAAUUAACGUAUCCAAUCGGAAUUUUACCAUAUAAAUGGUUAGACAAUGAAGCUCCUUAUUUUUUACCACCAGCGGUUUUUAGUAGAAUGGAUAGCGUGCAACAAUACAGUUUAAAAACAGAAUCUAAAGAGAGUGGUCCGGACAAUGUAAUAGGAAAAACAAGAAAGCGUCGAGCAGGGCUUGCAAAUUUUAUAACUUUUCAUUCACCAUUUAUUCCUACAUCACCACCAAAAGGAAUUGAAGUGGCAAUGAAAGUUAAAUUUCUAACUAAUCCACAAUUUCAAUUAAUCCGUUCAUUAUUCGAAGAACGUCCCAUUUGGUCUAAAACAGCACUUGUGUGUCGAACAAAUUUUACAAAUGAACAAUUAAAAAUUCUUCUUCCAUCAGUAGCUUAUUAUUUUCUAACUGGCCCAUGGAGAAUAAUGUGGGUUAAAUUGGGAUAUGACCCACGAAAAGAUCCAUCUGCUAGAAUAUAUCAAACUCUUGAUUACCGCCUUAAGUCCAUGCAUGGUUUGGAACAAUCAAUUAAAGGUAAAAGAACAUAUUCGAAUUAUGUUCUUCCUUAUAAAUCUGCAGCAAUGUCAAAACCAAAAACAGCAAUACUCACUAAUAUGCAAACUGAAAUACAUAAUAUUAAACAAAGCAAAGAAUCUAGUGACAAUGUUUAUAUUUAUAGAGAAGGGACAAUUCCUCCUUCAAGACAAAUGUUUUACCAGUAUUGUGAUGUACACGUUGAAGAAAUUCAGGAAAUGUUGGCUAAAUUGCCAGAUCCGAUAGGAAUAAAGUGUCAUGAAAAACGAGGAUGGCUACCGAGUGGUUUUAGUGACCACUGCCGAGAAAUCAUUAAUAAGCAAGUCAGACUUGUUUUAAGAAAAAAAAUGAAUAUACCUGAAGAUCAUCCUACUUCACUACCAAAGAGAAAAGUAUUUAAAAGAACAGCACAGAUAAAAAAAGAUGUUAAGAAAAACACUGCCGUCGAAAAACUUGAAGAAACUUCAACAAAUGAAUCCAAUAUCGAUGAAGCAACGCAAGAUAAAUCUCAAGAUGGUGAAAAAUCAAGUAAAGAAAAAAAUAAUUAAUACUAAAGGAAAUUAUGUGAUGUAAUAAAAAAUUCUUUGUUUCAUCUCAUUGAUAUAUUUUUCGACAAUAAAAGAUGGAAGUAUUUGUGAUGAUAUAUAUAUAUAUAUAUAUAUAUAGAAUUGUGAAAUAAUAUCAAUUUAAAUAAUAAUACAGCAUAUGGAGUUGUACGUAAAAAAC